AUGGCUGCGUCCCGUACGAGUCCGGUGUUGAGAGACCAGUGGAGCGCUGACCCGGACCGUGAUCCCCGAGACAGGGAGAGACGGAGGGGCCGAGGGUCAGGCCGUGAUCGAGGGAGAAACAGAGGUCGUGACCGAGGCCGUCCAUAUCGGCCCAAUAACCGCAAUUUCGAUCGCCCGGGGCGGUCGCCACCACGCGCGUCCCGCUUUGGCCCUGACUCUUCUCACGACCUAGGUGAUUUCGCUCCGGAUCGAUCUCCUCCUCGAGGCUCUCCUCCACCUCGAAACUUUCACAACAGCCGUCGACUAGAUUCAACCCAACCGGGGUCAUCGGCCGGUGACUGGAACACCCACAACUUCGGACCUUUCGACAGAGAAGCCCCCGGUCUUCGAAGGGACGAGUUAUCAACCGGACCUCCACAGAAACGGCAAAGGACUCGAAGCCCCUCACCGCGUGGCGGUCGUGGCCCUCUCCCUCCACAGCGUCCAAAUUACUCCGAUAACUGGGAUAUCCGGGAUCGAAGCCCUACAUUCAAGAAACGAGGAGGCCGCAACCAAGGUCGUGGUGCUCCGAGACGAAGGUCACCACGACGGGGCAGGGACCGUCGUGGAAAAGAUCGUCGCCGUCCAGAUAUCCCACGUCUAGGAAGAUCUAGAUCACCGGUUCAUGAACGAGGGUUUCACCCAUCGCCCGAUCGAAGGUCUCGUACCCCUGGUGAUGAUAACUAUAGCGACCACGGAUCUCACUAUCGGUCAAACUCACGGCACUCUGUACGAUCUGCAACCUCGAGAUAUUCAGCAUCGUCUCGCAGGUCAAGGCGUGAUUCGGCUAUGAACGAAUCUCGACCAAUCCAGUCUGUUGUGGACAGUACUGCUCGGUCUCCAUCUCCACCGCGCCCGAUUCCGAGCUUUGACUCUGAUAACUUCGGUCCUCCCGGAGAACACUCUAAUCCCGUGCGAGAUGAGUUGCCAAUGCAUGCCAUGCGCUCUGACAAUCAACCUCGCCGUCGGUCGUCCCGACCACAACUUGAUACCCGACCCUAUGCAAACCCUCAAAACGCAGCAUCAACAGGCUCAUACCACGGUUCGCCGCAACCGCCAUCACCUUAUUCUGCAGGACGAGGAGGGUGGUCUGGUCCGCCUCCAUAUUCUGGAACUGGCCACGCCUCUCCUUACCGAAAUGAUGACUAUUCAUCGCAAAAUGGAAACUACUAUCACAACCAAGGUCAAUUUAACGGCCCUAAAAAUCAUCACCCUCAGUCUCCGUACGGCGGGCUUCCUCACCGGGGUGGCCACUCUGGUGGCGGUCACCGAGGAAACUUUUCAAACCAGGGUCCCGAUCGGCGAUUUUCUGGCUCUGGUCCUCAUUCAUAUCACAAUGGACCUUCACAACGCGGCGCGAGGGGAAAUUUCAACAACUUACAAUGGACCGCAUCGGGAUCACGAGGCCGUGGGGGACAACAUAGCCCUCACCCGGCACACAGUCAUGGGUCACAAACUCCCAAUCGACCACACUCCUCUCACAAUGACAUGCAAUCGCCCCUAGCUGGCGAAAGUAAUAAUUAUGCCCGGCCCUCCAGUAGAGAUGAAGAGGAGAACAAGACACAACCCCAACCCUCUGGCGGAAAUGCCCAGUCCAUGCCGCCCCCGACCCAAGAGUCCAAUGAACCCACGCCUGCAAACAAGGGCGGGAAAUUCAGCUUUGCUUUCAAGUCAAAGGCUGCACCUUCCCCCGCUCCAAAGCCAGUACCGGACCUUGCCCAGAGGAUGCAGCAGGUCCGCGAGCCGGCCCCUCGUGCACCAGAGCCACCCCAACAACCUCGCAAUCGGUUUACCAAUGGGCCAUUGCCCAAAUUCAAACCAGAUCCGAGGGGUGAUCGCCGUGACCGGGACCGUGGUGGACGAAAUCGGGAUAGAGACCGCAGAGAUUUCCGCGAGCCACGAGAAUUCCGUGAUCCACGGGAUCGCAGAGACGACCGUCGGUUCGAUCAACGUCGUGAUCGACGACAAGGAGAACGGCCCUCGGAUAGGCCCCUUGCCUGGCAAGAUCGCCGCCGUGAACCUUCUCCGGAACCACCGAGAGAGCCACCACCGCCCAAGGAGAAGCGGAUUCUUACUCGCCCUAAACCGCGCCCCACGCUUCCCGAUGAGUUCGCUAAUGCCGAAUCUGUGUACUACCGAAAGCCGGGAAAUGAGUCUGUGAUCGGUGCUGGAACAUAUGGAAAGGUGUUCAAGGGAAUCCACGUCUAUACCCAGCGUAAAGUUGCGCUCAAGAAGAUCCGAAUGGAAGGUGAGAAGGAUGGCUUCCCUGUUACAGCUGUUCGAGAGAUCAAGCUGCUUCAGCAUCUCCGAAACCAUAAUGUUGUCAGCCUUUUGGAGGUCAUGGUUGAAAAGAACGAAUGUUUCAUGAAGGAUCUGGCGAAGCAAAUGUUCGAAGGUCUCAAUUACCUUCACCAUCGAGGAGUUCUACAUCGUGAUAUCAAAGCAGCCAACAUAUUGAUCAGCAAUCGUGGAUUGUUAAAGUUUGCCGAUUUUGGCCUAGCCCGGUUCUUCUCCAAAAGUCGUCAGCUUGACUACACCAACCGAGUCAUCACCAUCUGGUACCGACCUCCGGAACUCCUCUUGGGUGAAACCCGAUAUGGCCCCGCGGUGGACGUAUGGAGCGCUGCCUGCGUCUGCAUGGAGAUGUUCACCAAAAAGGCUGUUUUCCCCGGUGAAGGUGGUGAAUUGAGUCAGAUGGAUAAGAUCUACAAUGCUUUGGGUACUCCUACCAAGUCUGAAUGGCCGGACCUUGUGGAAAUGCCCUGGUUCCACCUGAUGCGGCCAACGGAACGAAGGAAGCGUGUUUUCGAGAACGUAUACCGUGAUGUGCUGACGUCUGGUGCGAUGGAUCUUAUAUCCUCGAUCUUCCGCUACGAUCCCUCACAGCGGCCGAGCGCCGAGGACGUUCUCAAACAUCCAUACUUCGUAUCGGAAGAACCAGCUCCUCACCCACCCAUUGAAUUGGAACACGUCGAAGGAGACUGGCAUGAGUUUGAAUCCAAGGCGCUUCGCAAGGAAGCUCGGCGCGUCGAGUACCAAAACCAAAAGGACCGCGACAAGCGUAAGGCCGAUGCAUCGGUGCCUAGCAGCGAUCGGGAUUCCAAACGAACCAAGCAAGAUUCAAGUGAUCGUGUCUCUGCACAGUGA